AGACACGCUCGCCGAGCUCGCCCGCGCCGCCGCUCCUCAACCGGGAGGCGCCCGCCCGCUUGCCGGUCCGCACCGCCCGCCCGCUCCGAGCUCCCGGCCGGGCCGCGGCGCAGAAAGUUUUCCCGGGCUCACGGCCUGCGGGAAGCGGAGCGGGCACGGCUGGGAGGCGGUCGCCGAGCGGGCCCGCCGAGUGCAUGGUGUCGGGCGCCCGGGCCGCGCGUCAGGAGGACCCGGGGCGGGGCCGGGCUGAGCCCAGCUCCUGAGCCUCUGUCCAGCUGCGCCCCGAAGCCGUCUUCCCUUGGGACCGCUGCGGGGGUCGCGCACCAGCGCCAUGUCCCGGCUGCUGCCGCUGCUGGGGAGCCGGACGGCGCGCAGCCUGAGGCCGGGCCCUGCCGCCGCGCCCCGCCCGCCGUCCUGGUGCUGCUGCGGCCGGGGACUGCUGGCGCUCGGGGUCCCCGGCGGUCCCCGGCUCCUGGGCACACACCCCAAGAAGGAGCCUAUGGAGGCGCUGAACACGGCGCAGGGCGCGCGCGACUUCAUCUACAGCCUGCACUCCACGGAGAGGAGCUGCUUGCUCAAAGAGCUGCACCGCUUCGAGUCCAUUGCCAUCGCACAAGAAAAAUUGGAAGCUCUACCACCCACUCCAGGACAGCUGAGAUAUGUAUUCUUCCACAAUGCGAUACCUUUCGUAGGGUUUGGCUUUUUGGAUAACGCAAUUAUGAUUGUUGCAGGAACCCAAAUUGAAUUGUCUAUUGGAAUUAUCUUGGGAAUUUCAACAAUGGCAGCUGCUGCUUUGGGAAAUCUUGUUUCAGAUUUAGCUGGACUGGGCCUUGCAGGUUAUGUUGAGGCCUUGGCGUCCAGGUUAGGCCUCUCAAUUCCUGAUCUUACACCAAAGCAAGUUGACAUGUGGCAAACACGUGUCAGCACACAUUUGGGCAAGGCUGUUGGGGUGACGAUCGGUUGCAUUCUAGGAAUGUUCCCAUUGAUUUUCUUUGGAGGAGGAGAAGAGGAUGAGAAACUGGAAACAACAAAUUAAUCACCUUAGAACACCUAUAAGAAGAUGUAAACUAAUGUACCUCAUCAUUAACUAUACUGUCCCCACAGUUAGCAGUGAAGACAGUAGCAGUGUAUAGAUAUGGGAUCAAAUAACUCAGCAUGUACUAUGGAAACACUAACUUAUUGUGGCUUGGUCUUCUUAAGACAUCUUUUUAAAACCUACUUAGUAUCAUUUGAUGUAAACUGUUGAAAUGCUUUCCAUCAAUGGCAGUCGAUAUGUCAUCUUUUCCUUCUCUCUAUGUAUCAAGAUAUUAUUUAACUUUCAGUCACUGAAUCUGUACUGUACUGACUUGGGGUUUGCAUAUUUGUUACAUAACAUGCACGGAAAUACCUAUUUAUGUUUUUAUUUUUUUUCCUGGUUACAUCAAUGCUGAGGUUUCUCCAAAUUAUUUAAGAUGUUUAAUAUCAGUUAACAUUUUAACUUCCUGUCUGGUGGUGUCACUUCUGUGUUAUUUCACAGUGAACAUUUACAAUCAUAUAAAUUCAUUCAAUUUUUAACCUUUUACAUCUAUCCAAAAUGAAGCAGUGUUUUAAGUAUAUCUGAUUCACUUUAAUUUUGAGCUAUGCUGUCUUAAGAGCCAGAGGUUAAUCAGAAGGAACAAUUCUCUGGCCCCCUUUUACAUAAACCAUACAUGCUAACAAGUGUACUUAUUUCUGAUUGGCUCUUUACCUUUAAUUUCCCAACUUUGAGCAAUCACACAGUGAAUUCUGGUUUGUGAGAGAAAGGCAGUGCUUGGAUAUGUCCUGUCUCUUAAAAUAGGGAUUAAGAGAGUGGGGAAAACUAAGAAAUUUAUAAUGACAUUUGGAAAUUAGGUUAAAAAAAUUUUUUUUACAGAAAUAGAAAAUGGAAAUUUUCAAAGAGGCAUAUGGAGUGAAUGAUAAAGUUCAAGUGCUAUUUGGAAGGUUCAUGAAGCAUCAGUUCUGUUACUUUGGAAAGAGUUUCCCCUAAUGUGUUAAUAUUGUCUCAUGGAAUGGAAUGAGCCUCAACAUCCUAUGCUCAGAAUCCUAAUCUCAUUAGAUCUUGCUUUGUGACUUUUUUUUCUGGAUGAAUAUUUUAGAAACAACAUGUAUUUUCUAUUUUGCUACCUAGACUGGUCAAAUGUAACACAAAGAGAGCUCCUUUCUCCCCUGGGUGGAUGCUUUUCUUCUUUUGUGGUGGUGGCACAGUUGGUGAAAGCUGUGUGUGUGUGUGUGUGUGUGUGUGUGCGCACGCACGGCUGCGUCGUGUGUCUGACCUGAACACGGUCCUGAGAAUCCCGAGCUUUAGUUGCUGAACCCUCCUUUUCCCAUUUGCUCUACAUGCUAAAAAGUUACAUGUAGCAGAAUAAUUGAACAUGUGGAAGAGAGAAACUGAAGUUAGAAUUUAAUCCUUGGGGAAUUAAAAUUAUUCAGGUUUGCUAAGUAGAUGGAAAAGACAGACUUCACACGACUAUGCUUUCUAAAUCUUAUUUUGGAGUUUUGUUUGCAAAAUAAUUGCUUUGGGCUCCUUUUAAAGGAGAUCUCUUUUCCGUAAGAAAGCAUGUCAUAUAUUGUUCCCUUUGCACUUUGUCCUGUCCAUUUAUCAUAGAAUUUAAGGAAAGAUAGCAUAAAAGUCAAAAACAUCAAAUUCUCAUGCACACAAGUAAUAUUCUCCUUUGAUCAGACUAGCAUCACAUGACUUGAGAUGGCAGACAGAUUCAUCUUUGUUCACAGGUCCCACGACAGCCAGGACAAGGUUCCAGGUGAUAGGAUGGUGUGCAUAUUUACUUUCUGUGUAGACACGUGAAUGCUGUUUUUCUUACCUUGUGUAUGGGUGGCAUUUCCUGUCUUUGUUUUUUCAGUGUUGUAUUGUGGUGCUUAACUUCUCUUUUUAUUAAAUACCAUCUCCAGAAACUUGUCCUGGAGUUUAGAAAGCACUUUGGAUUGUUGAUUUUUUUUUUUCUUUCUCUUGAGAAAGCUCCUCGUCCUUAUUACCAGAAUUUCUGUUAACAGAAUUAUGCCAGUUUCAUUGAAAACUUCAGUUAUGGAAGGUGUAACUUUCACAUGAAAGACAUUCUAAUUUUCAGUCAAAAUUUUUGAAUCAUAUUUAAUCAAUAAAAUGCUUUGAAUCAUUACAAUACUUCAUUUUCAAGAGCAGGCAAAAUUAAAGUCUCUCUGCCUUUGACCAAAGGUAUUGUUUUCUUGAGCUCUGGCUCUGAGGUAACAUGGUACUUUGCACAGUGUGAUUUCUGAAGGUGGCCCCUGUAAGUUAGGACCUCAUACCACCCGUGCUGCGAGUUUCUCACCACAGAGACCCCAGCGCCAGCUGGAACUGGACUGCCCGCUUUCUCACAGCAGCGUUAGAGCGACAGCGGCCGGCCGGCAUCAUGAGCUGCUGUAGUACUGUCUGUUCAGAACCCAUGGUGUUUGUGUAUUAUGAUUUAUUGACUUGAUGCAUGUAAACCGGGUGCAUUUUGUUGCCUCUGUAUGUUAAAUAGUGACCAAUGUUUUUAUGAAAGAACUGAACAAAAAAAUAUCUUUUAAGACAUUUGGAAUGUGGUUUUGAUUGUAAAAAUUUGGUUUUCUUAUCAAUCUCAGAGGCUCUGGGUUAUUCUAGGACAGAAGGAAACAGGAUUAAUAAAUAAAUGCAGGUUUGU